AUGGAGACAAUGAAUGUUGGAUCCUCGUUCAUGCAUGAUGAAGCCGCCGAUGGAGAGGAGGAAUAUGAGGAUGUAGAUGAGGAAGGAGAAGGGUUGAUUGAACCUCGCCCUCCCGGUCGGUCCGCCAACUACACCAUAGCGGAGGACAAGUUGCUUUGCAAGACGUGGUUGACAAUUGGAAUGGAUCCAACAACCGGUACCGAUCAAACAAGAGAAACAUAUUGGAUGAGGAUGACGGAGUACUUCAACACACACAACACAAGUGGGAACGAGCGAACCAUGCGCUCACUUCGGUCCCGUUGGUCCGGUAUCAACACCGAUUGCCAAAAAUGGGCGGGCGUGCAAGCCAACAUCGAUGUUCUCAAUCCAAGUGGCACUAAUGAGAAUGAUAGGAACUCCAUGGCUCAAGGAUUGUUUAGGGAUGUGGGAAAGAAGAACAAGAAAGGCAACAAGAUUCUUGGCAAGCCAUUCACCUUGCAUCAUUGCUAUGACGUGCUAGGGAAUGAAGAGAAGUGGAAGACGCGCGGAAAGUUGGAUGCGGCAACUAUGGCGGCCCAUGCUACCGGUGAUGCAACAAUCAUCGAUGAUGAUGAUUCAAGUGAUGAAGGGAAGAAGAGAAGCUCCACUCCUCACUCCGUCAACAAUGGGCGGAGGAAUGUGCAUGGUAGGAAGACCGCCAAGGAAAUGAAGGGAAAGAAGGCCGGAGAUGAUGACAUUGCCAUGGCUAUGGAAAGGAUUGCAAAUGCAAGGUUGCAAGCAAAUGAAGAUAGAAAGAUGCAACGAAACUUGGAGAAAGAGGCUAUGGAUGCUAUUGAAGCUAGGAGAGCCACUUUGGAGGAGAGGAUUGCCGCCAACGAGGAGAGGAAGUUGGCUUUGGAGGAGAAGAGUCUACAAAACUGUUUUCCGCGCCCGCGCGCGCUGUAUUUUGCCGCGCCCGGUGGAGGACGAUUUUUUCCGCCCGCGCACGCGCUACAUAGUAGCGCGUCCGGCGGGGGGAAAAUACGGUCCAGCGCGCGCUAG